CUUUCGUUAAAAUAAAAAAUCAAACAAACCCCUCAUAGACGGUAGACCUAUUCGGGGCAGGCAGGGCUAGUGAUAAUUUAGGAAAAUUUAUAGGGCACGGCACUAAAUUUAUAAUACACACGCGGGCGAGUAGCAGCGAAGCAAGCAUUUAAGGUGGGGUUGGGGUUUUAUUGCGGAGAAAAACAAUUAAAGCUUCACAUCUGAAAUUGCGGAACAAAGAAAGACACAGACAAGGAAAAAAGGGGGAAAAUACCUAAAAGGAAUGAUACCUAACUAGUCGGAAGGAAUAAAUAUAUAUAAAUAAGCUUGUUUGAUCUCGUAAAUCCCGUUAAAUUUAUGUAACUCGGAGUAGUAAUAAUAAUAAUCGAACCGCUGCAAAGGCUGUUUCUGGUGCCACGGAUGAUUAUGCUUACUUUGACUCUUCUUUGGUAGCUUGCGGAAUAUUUCAUCAUUCAUUCAUUCAUAUUCAUAUUCAUGCAUGCAUCUUGCAUGUAGGCCUAUGCACUGGUGCUGAGAAAACAAAACAAAAACAUUGGGGUUGGGCUUGUUAGUUUACCGUAGAAUAGAUUAAAGACUAGAUUAGAAAAAUAGAAUACAAAUUUGGCGGAAAAUAGAAUUGGUGGUAGCAGUCAGCCAGUCAGCCAACCAGCAGCAGGAUAGGAAUGCUUGAUAUGAUAUGAUGGACUUUGUGUUGUUAGCGCUACUAGUAGUAGUAAUACCUCUACUUCCUCCACCUCCUCCAUCACCACCACUACAUCAUCAACAACAACAACUACAACUGAGUUAUUGUUGUUGUUGUUGUGAUGUGAUGAUAAUAAGUUUCAUGCAACCAAAAGCGAGAAGAGGGUGGGGGUGAGAAACAAGAAAAUUAUGCUUGCUUGAGACAAGCUAUCUAUACUAUUUGGCCAGGGCGGGUUUCGUGCCCUGGGCGUCUUGUUUCUAAAUCGAAUCGCCCUCAUCUUUAAUCUGUUAAAACGCAUGAGGGUGGGUUGGGUGCUUUUUUAUUUAUAUCGCUUCUGGUUCCUGUCAAAGAAAGGUAUUUAAUACGCCAUCAUAACAGACGCCCACUACCGUGCGUCUUCUGAUCCACGCCUCUCUUCGCCUCUACGCCUUGCGUUAUUUGGCUUUAGGGCUUCUUAUUGUUUGCUCUGCAUGUUGGCCGGUGCGCUGUGGCUGUUCCGGGGCUUGUUUUGAUUUCUUUAGGGUUUGAAGAAUCGACUGAGGGGUAAUUUUUUGAUCUUGUGGCGAAGUUCGUUGAGAUCUGUUUUCCGUGGACGCCUUCAGAUCCGGUGACUGCUGUGGUUCAGAGAACGGAAUAGAUGUGAUGUGAGGGUUUGGAAGAAGGAUUUUGACGCGCGUUCUCUGCUUUGCGUCUUUAACUCUGAAGGUUGUCGCUCUUUUGUAUACUGUACCUGCAGAUCCGGGGCCUUGUUUUUGUGCAAAAGAGAGGGGUAGAGAAUCUGACUCGCCACGCAGGGAUCUAUUGUUUUCAGAUUGACAAAGAAUGGAGUCUGAGGAGGAUAAAAUAUCUCCAGAGAACAAGAAAAGAAGAUUGAAGACUCCAUUCCAGGUUGAGGGUUUAGAGAAUUUCUAUGCAGAACAUAAGUACCCUUCAGAAGCUAUGAAAACACAACUAUCUAUACAGUUGGGAUUAUCUGAGAAGCAGGUACAGGGAUGGUUCUGUCAUAGAAGGUUAAAGGAUAAAAGACUUAUGAAGGAAGAAGCUUCUGACAAUGGAAAACAAGAUCCACAGAAUGGCUUUGUACAAGAUUAUCCUAAUGGAGUUAAACAGGAUUCCGGUAGCAGUGGGAAAAAGGUUGAGCAUCAGAGCUAUUUGGCGUCCAAGCAACCAGGAAAUCCACAGGCCAUGAAUGCUACGGAUUAUCCUGCUGCUGUCCUGGCAUCAGAGCUUAGAGACCAGGAUUUAUUUACAGUAAAUCAUGAUAAUAUUGAAGACACUUUUGCAGGAAGUAGUUCAGCAUCACAAGAGAGAUCCUCAUUGCACAGUGGAAAUCCUACUGAAAUUGGGGCACCGAGAUCUUUGUCACAGAAUGGCAACCGUCGUGAAAUGGAAGCUAAGAGGAAGAAAAACGAGGAUUUUCAUAUGGACCCACAUUUACAAGAAAAUUAUGAACAUGAGGCUGUUACUGCUGUUAAGAAACAAUUGGGUGAGGAAUACAGAGAAGAUGGCCCACCUCUCAGUGUGGAGUUUCACCCCAUUCCUCCUGGUGCCUUUGAUGCUCCAAUGGAGCCUUACUACAAUGGCAAAACUAAUGCUCUCAACAAUCUCCACAGAACGUCAAAUAUUGUGAAGGAACAAGAAGCAAGCAAAGUUUUCAGUUCACAUAGGUUCCAUGUUCCCUGUCCACCAGGAGUGAGGCCAGGCUACACCUCCAUACCAUCUGGUCUUAAAUUUGAACGUGCAUCUCCAAAGUUUGAGCGAUUAUCACCAAACUUUGAACGGACUCUCUUAUCUAAAAAUGAAUCAAUAAAUGGCAAAUCUACUUGGAGGCCUGUAAGUAGUAAUAUACAGGGAGGUGAUAGCUUUCAUGUCCCUGACUUGAAUUCUUCAAUGCAGAUGGAUGAAGAUUCUCCUGGUGAAUCUCCAUCUUCAGGAUUUGCUACAAAAAGCUUUUCGUCUCGUCACAAACAAGAUAAAUUAUUAAGGCCAAGCAGUGAAACAUAUAUGCCACUUUUGUAUGGCAGUAAGAAUGGGAAUAUGCCUGGGAAAACUGGAACCACGGGCAAGGAAAUGCCUAUCUCUCAUCCACAUAAUGGCAUUGAUCCAUAUUAUAAUGUAUCUGGAGUAAAUGGAAUUGUUAAAGCUGUGACUCCCCUAGUGCAAUGUGGUGUUUUACCGUCAUCUCAAGUAGAAGACAAAGCACAGACAAAAAAGAUGACUAAGAAAGAAAGGGUCCGGGAAGAAAGAAGAAUCCAGAGAGAACAGGAACGUGCACUGAAAGCAAAACAAAAAUUAAUUCAGAAGGAGGAGAAGAGGAUUGAAAGAGAAAAACAGAUGGAGGAAAAUAAGAGGCAGAGAGAGGAUGCCAAGUGCCAAGCAGCUGCUGAAAAAAUGUCAAUGCUAAAGAAUCAAACAAAAGGGCAUGCUGGUGAAAUGCCUACCAGUUUCAGCGAGGAUGAUGCGGCAGAUUCCAGCUCAUCUAUGGAGUAAUUUAGAGCAGAAAAAUGAAAUUUCUUGUAAAAUAGUGCAAGCAGCUACAAAUUGUAACAUGAUUGAUUUUCUUAAAAAUAACUUAAAUCAUGGAGUGUUGCUGCUAGAGUUAAAGCUGCAAUAGCCUGUUAUCCUGGCCAUCCACACGAGGCCAACAAAUUUCUCACCAGCCGGUUAUAACAAGAUAUUGGCUUACCGAAAAAUCUUUGAACCCAGAUGAUCAAAAUUUUUGUAAAUGAAAUUCCAAACCUACAAAAUCGUAUGUAUAGUAUCUUUUUGCUGGUUGGUGGCUUUGGCUAGUUGCUUACGGAGCAAUUAGUAAAUUCUGUAAUAUUUGUCAAUCAUCAGUAAAAAGAAGGCAAUUUCUUAA